CGAUAUAAGCAUCAUUCUUUAUAUUUGAUUGUAAAGAAAAGUAGAUACAUUUUAUAGCAAUUCACUAUUUCUACAAGUGUUACGGAAAUGAUGUGAUAUAUUUGAUAUUCUUCCCUUGUAGCCCUGAGUUGUUCGACGCCGUUCAAAAAGAACUAGGCGAUCUGAGAGCCUCCGCAAUGAAAAAUUUUACGAUUCAAGUAGACGAGUCAAAUAUUCUUACUUGGCAAGGCCUUAUAUUGCCGGACAAUGCUCCUUAUAAUAAAGGAGCAUUUCGAAUUGAAAUCAAUUUUCCUGCAGAAUAUCCCUUCAAACCACCUAGAAUAAAUUUCAAAACAAAAAUCUAUCAUCCAAAUGUAGAUGAAAAAGGACAAGUAUGUUUACCUAUUAUAAGUGCUGAAAAUUGGAAACCAGCAACAAAAACAGAUCAGGUGAUACAAGCUUUAAUAGCUUUAGUAAAUGAUCCUGAGCCAGAGCAUCCAUUAAGAGCAGACCUGGCUGAAGAAUUUCUCAAAGAUAGAAAGAAAUUCCUAAAAAAUGCAGAAGAUUUUACAAAAAAGCACGCAGAAAAAAGGCGAGAAUCAUCAUCCUCGAACGAAUAAUCCCAAAUGGUAGGCCUUUCUCACCACGAUGCCUGCCACCUCAGUUAAUUCAUUGCGAGUCGAUUUAUGCCGGUCUGUCAUAUGUGGAAUCGAGAAUGCCCGUGUACAGUAUUGGUCGAUAACGAGGAUAUGAAUAUAUGCAAAUUGUAAUGUUUAAUAAGGUGGAAAGAACUUUUCAGAGCAAAGUAAAUUAUAAUAAAAUAACUGUAUGAUAUUGUAAACAAGUCUUAUACUGUAUUUUAAUUUUUAAGUUUGAGUAGAUUGUCAUCAUAAUUGCACACAAGCUAAUUUCAAAGAAUUCUGAACACAGAACCAUCAUAUAUUACAUUUCGCGAAUUUUUAUAGUAUGUAUUGAAAUGGCGUCUAUAUAUUGAAGAUUUAUGGCAAUUAAAAAAAAAAUAUUUUAAUUAAAUAUUAACAAACAAAUGAAUUAUGAAAAAAAGAAAGCAACAUGCUUUCCCCACUUUUAACAAAAGUUGUUUGUUUAUGUAGUUUAUGUUCCUAUUUAUUUUCAUAAUUAUAUAUGUAGCAUUUUGAAUAGUAUAAUCUACUUUAUUCAACAUUUAUAUGCUUGUAGAAGACAGAUUUAAGUAACAUAAUUGUUCACAAAUAUUUGACGCUAUUAUCUAGAACAGUGUUUCUCAAAAUGUGGUAUGUGUAUCCCUUGGAUAUACGCGGUAAAGAAGUUUUUAGAUACGCCGUGAAAGCUCUAACAAAACUAAAAAGAAAAUCUUGAUACGCUCCUGAAGUAUAGAUCAAACUUUCUGGGACAUUCUGUAUGUAGUUCAUGAAUACAAAAUUUGAUGUGUGUAUAUAUGCAUGUUUUAUUUUAUUCCCAUUGUUAUAUUAUGCUAUAGGUUUAUCUACCUAUACAAGAGGUACGCCGGUUACAUAUAUAUGCCCGAAAAUAUGUAUAAGUUAAAAGUUUGAGAAACACUGUCUUAAAGAGUUGUUUUAGAAAAUUGAUGUCUAUUGUAGAUACUCGUCAUCAACGUACGAAUCAUAUUUAUAUUAAUUGCCAUAAUUUUUAUGAUUUUUCUAACUUUAUCUUUGCACUGUUAUAUCCAGCACGUAAUGGAGAUGACAAUAUUAUGAACUUAUACAUUCUCUUGAUAAUGGAUAAUGAUAAUUUUUCUUCACUUUAGUUAAUUUUUAUUUAAGAAGAUUGCAAACUAUUUCUAUAUAUUUCUUGUAACUUAUAAAUGCUUUUCAAAAAAUCUACUUUUACAGUAGUAUACUUUACAAAGAAACCUAUGUAGAUGUACAAGAAGAUGGUAUUUAAUAUUACAAUAUGACAUAACAUAAAAAAUAUAUAUACUUCUUUAUAUCAUCUAAAUCGUAAUGAACUUCAAAAAAAUAUAUAAAUACACAAGAAUAAUAAGAACAUUGAACUUCCAUAAAAUGUGUAUUUUUUAAAUAAGAAUUAUAGUUUGAGAUAAUAAUAUACACACAGACACUUUUUCUAUUGAAGGUAAAAAUAAGGUGCUAUUAAAUGUUUUUUUUCCGUAUAAUAAAUAAUAUCAAAGCUAUAUAUGAAAAUAAAAUUGUAUAUUUACAUUAACGACACUACUUUAUAUCGUUCUCAUCGAUAAAAACAUUGAUUUAUUAAAUUUAUUUCUGGAAUUUCUGAUAAAAACAGAUUAAUAAAGAUUAAUAUUAUUAUUCGACCAGUUAUAAAAAUGUGUAGUGCUAGUGAAAGCAUUGUAAGAUUUUUUGUUUUCAUUAUAAAUAUUAUUUAUACGAUCGCGUUAUAUCGUACAAAUUAUUUCAAGAAUAAAUAAAAUGAAUUUUCUCGAUUAA